AUGCAAGCAGCGGUGUUAGGCUUGGUAAGUUGCGGAAAAGCUUUUUGAGAAGUGUUCCAAAAUUAAAAUGCUUCAGGUUGGUGGUGUGGCGACGGCAUACUCAAUUUACCACCACGGUCACAAAUCGACGCUUUUCUCGCGAUACUGUGUAGUUCUCUCCGUAUUCCACCUGUCCGAAUAUGUGUUCACGGCUUUGUCGAAUCGACGCUCGCUCCAGCCCGACUCCUUCCUUCUCAACCAUUCCUACGGUUAUUGGGGGGCAGCGGCGCUGAGUUGGGCAGAGUUUUCGUUGGAGGUUUUUGAAUGAAGGAAAAAAAUAAGGACUGUCGGAAUUCCAGUAUUAUGCGCUGCCGAUGCUGAAAAACGUAAAUGUUAGCAUGAUAGGCGUCCUUUUUUGCCUCGUCGGUGAAGUGAUCAGAAAAGCGGCAAUGCUACAAGCAGGAAAUGGAUUUACACACCGUCUCGCAAUGGCCAAACGGCCGGAUCACAAACUUAUCACGGAUGGAAUAUACGGUUUCUGCAGACACCCCGGUUAUACAGGUAUUCUUUCUUUUUGAGCAUUUUUCACGAGGAGCUUAAUAAAAACGGUUUCAGGAUGGCUUAUUUGGUCCGUAUCUACGCAACUGGUUCUAUGCAAUCCUUUUUGCUGCGUUAUAUACGCUUUCGUUAGCUGGAACUUUUUCGCUCAAAGGAUCUUUGAUGAAGAACGAGACUUAA